CCGAACGGUGUUUUUUUUGUUGGCGCAAAGCUCGCUGCGAUGGUCGUAAGACGUGGAACUGCAGCUCUGUCGCGAAUUGGCAGGAAGCAUCCCUUCCUCUUCGGCGUCGCGGUCUCGGCCAUCAAGACCUCCGGCUCCGACGUCAUGGCCCAGAAAGUCGUGGAGCGACGAGAGGAGGUGGAUCUUCGCCGCAACUUGAUCUUCUUCACUUGGGGCUUGCUCUACUUGGGCGGAGUACAAUACUUUAUUUACGUGCACCUCUUCGCCCGGCGCUGGUUCCCAGAUGCCAUGGCCUUCGCGGCCAAGGGCUGGCGGGCAAAGCUGGCGGAUAAAGCCGGGCAGCGCACCGUGGUCAAGCAGGUGCUGAUAGAUCAAUUCGUGCAUCAUCCCUUCAUCCUCUUCCCGGCCUUCUACCAGGUGAAGGAGGUCAUUGAAGGUGGCACGGUUGCGGCAGGUUGGCGGAAGUUCCGGCAGCACCAGGUAGAAGACCUGAAGCUCUGCUGGUCUGUGUGGAUUCCGGUAUUCCUGGUGAACUUCUCCUUUAGUCCGCUUUGGAUGCGCGUGCCUGUGGUGGCGGUGGUAUCCUUUGGAUUCACCGCAGCUCUGUCUUGCCUUAGAGGCGCCCCCGAGACGUGAUCCAAGGAUCCUGACAUGCUCGACUUCGACGCUCACCGAGCCAAAGGGGUUUCGUGUGCGUUACCCGAAGAAUCUCCGGCGGCUGCCCAUCGCGCAGCCUCUUGGGCAAAGAUCCCUCUGCAAAUGCUCG